AUGUCAGACUCGGACUCGGACGAUUUCCAGGACGCCCGCGAGCACAUUGCCGUGCCGCCUGCUCGGAUGGACAAACAGCUCGCCACCACGCUCAAGGACGCCCACGAGAUCCUCGCCAACUUGGAUAACUCCUUCGCCGCAGACCUGGCUCUCCAUCUGUACAUGGUGCGGCUGUUGGAGACUCGCGGGUGGUACGUGGCUAACGGCCGGUUCAGCGCGUGGCCACUUGCCCGCGACGUUGUUCCGGUGCCUCGGGCGUCCAGAGAGUACGUGGACGAGUGCAACGUCACCGCAGACCGCCAAUCUGCCCUCCUAGUUCCAUACAAACAGCUCAACAACGAUGCCAAGGAGAAACCCAAGGAACAGUUCUUGGAAUACAAGCCCGCCCGCACAAACGCCGUGGAAGAGCUCGAACUACAGCUGCGCGCAGUGUUCCAGCGCAAAAUCGACUCGAAAAUCCAUUCCUAUAACCUCUCCAACGCUGCUACGCGCAUAGCUGAUAAGACAGCCCCUAUGGAAAAAUACAUGCCCAUUCUAGAGCCACCAGUAGACAUGGAGCCAGAAACCAAGUCCGACCUGCUGGCCAGGAUCAACACCGUGUUCGAUGGGCUUAUCCGACAGAGAAAGGACUCGCUGGUGUCCGAAACCGUGUCUCCCUUUGACUGGACCUCGAUAGCGUUGCAGGCCAAAGACUAUGACGCGUACAUCGACAUGGCCCGUUUGAUGAAACUCAAUAACUGGAAAGUGGUCUCCGCCGCAAGCUUCGAACACGCUGCCCCAAACACUUUCGAGCAGGUGUCGGAGAUGAAGAACUCCAGUAUAGUCUUGGCAUGUCGUUUGCUCUGUCCCUUCUCGAUCAAAGUCCGUGGUGUGCCAGAUUUCCUAAACGACCCGUUUGGCCAGAGCGUGUCUUGCAACAUGGUCAAAAUGCUCCCGACUGUCGCAGAGUCCUUGAGCUUGCCCUCGACGUUGAUCCGCACGAUCUUCUCGAUCGUCGAGCCCAGCAGCUGUUGCAGAACAAGAAUGAUAGCCCGGCCUCGCAGCCAAACCAUCGAGUUCUUUAACCAGAAAACGCUAAUCAGAAACUCGCUGAUUGGCCGCACAAACGAAACAGACUUCGCCUGGCUGUCCAUGUCGUCGUCCAAACUCGACAGUUCCUUCUCCAUCUCCAAAUUGGGUUGCUGGCCGUCGUCCACGGGAGAAGUCUUGUACUGCAGCUGGAGCUGGCUGGAGAUGUUGUUGUACAACUUGGAGGCCAUGUUAACGGCACUUUUGCCUGGACGGCCCAGAUUCUCAGGAGCCGCCAAUUUCAGCUCCUGCGAAGAACUCAUUGUCACUUCGUCUUCGUCAAAGCUUUCGUCCUCGUCAAACAGCUUCAUCGACUUUAUAGACUCUUUCUCGUCGAUUGGCUCAGAAUUUGCGUCAAACAGUCCGUUCCCGUCAUCUGUUUCUCCAAACAGGUCGCGCUGGACGUCUUUGCUCAAUAGUCUGGAGUUUCGAGGCGUACUCACCCCGGAAGGCGCCUCCGAGAAGUCUUCUGACGAUGAAAAUGCAGAAUUGGUAGGAUCCAGUCCUGGACGUGCCGAGCCGUCGUUGGCAAGCUCGUUUAAAACGUCCUCAACUGCUUUCAAAACCACGUCGCUCACCUUCUGGUCGUCAUUGCCUUGUUCCUGA